UUGUAUUUUGAUGAAUGGUAUUCCGUCACGAAACCGCGAUCGUUGUGCCGGUAUUUCAGAACGUACCAGCGCAAUAGCCGCGCUGUCAAAAUCAAACAAUGAUCGAAGAAAGCCAAUCUAAAACUUUUUUGGGAUUUGAUUUUAGUACUCAGAGGCUAAAGGCUGUGAUAAUUGGUGAGGAUUAUGAAGUGCGACAAGAAGCAGAUGUGGAAUUCGAUGUUGAUCUCCCUGAAUUCAGGACAUCAGGGGGUGUGGUGCGAGGAGAGCGUGGUGAGGUGACAGCACCCCCGCUGCUAUGGGUGAAGGCGUUGGACAUGGUGAUGGACAGAUUGAUAGUGGAGGGAGUGGAUUUCUCUACUGUUGAAGCUUUGUCUGGAGCAGCACAGCAACAUGGCUCAGUAUGGUGGGCAAAAGGUUCAGAAGAGCGACUACAGUCACUAUCACCAGAUGACUUCCUGCACACGCAGCUGGCGACUACCUUCAUGGCCGAUUCUCCGGUGUGGAUGGAUUCCAGCACUACAGUGGAUUGUAGAGCACUAGAAGAGGCUGUUGGUGGACCUGAGGAAUUAGCCAAAAUAACAGGCUCCCGGGCAUACGAGCGCUUCACGGGUGCGCAAAUACGCAAAAUGCACAGAACGAGACCUCGCACCUACGCGGCUACAGAGAGAAUAUCACUAGUUUCUUCCUUCGCUUGUUCCUUGUUCUUGGGGAAAAUUGCACCCAUUGACUUGUCGGAUGGGUCCGGAAUGAAUCUCUUGGAUAUUCACACUAUGGAGUGGUGUGAAAAGGCUUUGAAGGCAUGUGGUGACGAAAAGCUCAUCACCAAGCUCGGGUCUCCUGUACCCAGCGCCACAGUAGUGGGGAACAUUUCCACAUACUUUGUGAAGAGGUACGGGUUCAAACCCGACUGUAAGGUUGUUGCAUUUACGGGUGAUAACUGCUCAGCGCUGGCAGGGCUCCGCCUGCGCUCCGGCUGGGUAGGACUCAGUCUCGGAACAAGUGAUACCCUCCUCCUCGGGCUCCAAGAAGCCAAGGCCCCACCAGCUGGUCACAUCCUCGUGGGCCCUACAGAGGCCCCGUAUAUGGCCCUGCUGUGCUUUGCCAACGGGUCCCUAACUAGACAAAACCAUAGGGAUAGACUUGUAGGCCCUAGCUGGGAUGCGUUUAAUGAAUUAUUGAGGGCCACGGUUAGGGGCAAUAUGGGGUAUAUGGGUAUAUACUACGACACAGCAGAAAUAGUGCCCCGAGCAGCGUCUGGGCAGUGGACGUGGGGGGGCAGCGCGGGGCGGGGAGCUUCGCCCCAGUUCGAGGCGAGAGCCCUGCUCGAGGGGCAAGCGCUCGCGAGACGUGCGCACGCGGAGGACAUGGGGUUCGCGCUUGAUAAAUCUUCCCGCGUAGUGGCUACAGGCGGCGCGUCGGUGAACAAGGAACUGUUGCAGAUAUUUGCCGACGUGUUCAACACACCUGUAUAUGUGCAGGAACAACACGCGAACGCGGCCUUAUUAGGUGCUGCCAUUCGAGCGGCUGAGGUGUGGGGCAAAGUUACUGGAGUUAAACUUACUGGAUCUGAACCAACCAUAGCGCCAGUGGCGACACCGUACGCGGAUUCAGAAGCAAUCUACACUCCAAUGUUGAAGAGAUAUAGAGAAUAUAUAGAAACCAUUCCGAAACUACAGUAGCAUUCCGAUAUUUGUGGUCGUGACGAUAUUUUGUUAACCGAUACGAUGUCGUGACGAUCUUUAACAGCAAAACUUUGAUGUUUCAGUAAAAAUAAUAGUUUAGUGUUUUAAUGUUUUACGAAGCAAGAGAGGGGUUUUUGACAGACCAUUAAUAUAAAUUAAAGCUUUUAACGGAUUUUAAACGCGAUUUAUUCAUUAUAUUAUUGUCCCGACGUUUCGCACACUGCAGCGAGCGAGCGAGGACACGGGGAGACUCGAUAAUGUUAAUUAAUUUCUAAAUAUAUAAUACUUGCAUAAAAUCAAACACUAAAAAUAACAGACCAUUCAUAUUUUAUACAGGGUGUCCCACUGUUGGUAUACUAAGCGCGAAGGGACUUGUAAUUUUGCCUAUAGUGAUCACACAAAAAAUACUUUGUAAAAAAUAAAAAAAUUUUGCUAAAUUUUUCCUGAAAAUCCAUGUUUUCUUCUCUAGCUUCGCGCAGCCGGCAUAUACCAAGUGGUAUAUGCCGGCUAAU